GCACUACAAUAAUGCAUGCUGUACGGUUAUUGGUCGACCGUGAAUGUCGCCCAUAACUAGCUCGGUCAUGUAGAAAACCUAACUCCAAAUUCCAUUUUAUUCAGGAAGUAAGAGGGCCUUCACGAGGAGCAUGGAGAGUGGGGACCCUGAUGAAACUGAUUCGAUCAGGGCAGUCUUGGGCAAGACCCAGGCCCAGCUACGCUUGGAGGUGGAACGUAGGAAGGAGAUGGCCGUGGAUCGGAACAACCUCCUGAAUAAGCUAAAGACGACUGAGGGGGAGAAAGAAGAUGGUAGACGGCCCAAGGAACAGGCGAGGAAGAUCAAACUCCUGGAGGAGCAGGUGCAGUACCUGGAGGGGAGGUUGGAGAGUUGUAGACAGGAGAGCGCACUCAAGAUGGCCUCAAUUGAAGGACUUCUUGGCAACGAGAACGCCAAACUCAAGACAAGGGAUAAGGAUCUUCGGCGGAAACUCCAGCGUGAACGGGAAACCAACAGGCAACAGGCAGACAGGGUCAGGGACCUAACUAGCGAGCUGAGGAAAGCUCAAGACGGGUCGAAAAAGGAAGAGAUGCACCACGGAGGAUGGAUGAAAUACGUUAGGUUACCUGACCAAGGGGAGUGGCCGUCAAUCAAAUUCGAUACUCAACAGAACAAGAAGGCGCUCAGACACAUCUUCGAGCAGGUGGAGAAAGAAGGUGGGCCUCCCGUCAACCUCGAACCCUCCCUCUUCCUCCACUGCGUCAUCCUCUUUCUCUGGUGGAAGAGGGAGGCGACGCUCAAGAUGAUGGAGGAGAGCAAAAAGGAUUCAGCAAAGUCCGAGAUCGAGGAGCUCGGUACUCUCAACACGGCUGUGAACCAGCGGGUUAGGGCGCUGGAAGAUGCCUUAGGAGAUUGCAGGCUGGAGAGACAAACAUUUGAGACAACAGUGUCCACGAACUUAAAUCAGCUUUUGAAAGACAAGUACGAUCUAAGCAACAAAGUUGCCCGUCUUGAAGACACGGUGUCUGCGUUACAUCUGGAUAACAACCUUCUUCGAGCAGAGGUGAACGACCGGUCGGCGAGCCAGCAGGCCAGAGUGAAGGUGGAUGAGUUGACAGCCGACCUAAAAGCCAGACUGCAGAUGUCGGAGUCCGAGCUCCGAGAAACGCACCUCCUUAAGGAGCAACUGGAGAUUGAUCUCAGAAGAGAAUCAAAACGUCUCCAAACGUUGGAGCAAGAUGCCAGGAUCAAGGAAACUGUCUGCAAAGAGCACGUAGAGAUGAUGGCUAGCUUCGAUGCAAGGAAGGUGGAAUUGGAGACGACGACGUCACAGUAUCAGGCUAAGGUGUGGUCUCUCCAGCAUGAUCUCCAAAAUCUCGAGGAAUCCCACAAGGUUCUGAAGAAGGAGCGAGAUUCCUUUCUUGGUCAGCUAACAAAGGCUCUGGACGAAUUACAGGACUCGACGGAGAAAAUCAAGGAACAGAACUAUCAGAUACAACAAAUGUCAUACGACAAAGAUCACUGCGGGGAGGCGUUAAAACAGAAAGACAAGAUAAUUGGGAAUCUCCGGCGAGAUUUAGCUAAUCACGAAGAAGCGGAGGCCGAGCUCACCGAGGAAAAAGAAAAGAGACGGAGCCUUGAGGUUAUUUCAUCCAAUCACGAAAGACUUGUUCGAGAAAUGGAGGAGAGAAUGAGGAAUGAGGAGGUGGGCAGUGCGUCGCUGUUAGCGGAGUUGUGUGGAGCGCAUGCAGGGGAGAGGGCACAGUUGGAGAGACAGAUAGAGACUCUGGAGAUGGAUAGAGAGGAAAUGGUUGAUGCGAUAGAGUCGCUGUCGAACGAAAAGGCAGCUCUCCGCGCCGACACACAAAGGCUACAAUUGGACUUUGAACGAGUGUGCAAAAAACUUCACACAGUCAUCAAACGGCAGGCGCAGCGCGUGUUGCAGACGCCGGGUGGAGCGGCAGUACACCCGGAGGCCUCUUAUGUCGACGCCUGGACGGCGACCGACCCGGAGAUGAAGCGGGCUUCCCCGGUCGGCGGAGAGGGACUCGAUGGACCAGCGGGAGGUGGACGGUCGAGGGACUUAGAGGAAUUGUUUGACUUGCUGAAUGCCGUAAAGGAUUCAGCUUUUUCCAGACUGAUGUUUGGUGUCGAAGGAGUUGCCACGGCAUUCCCAGAGAUCCAAAGUGGAGUUUCUGGUGGAAAAGAAGAUUUAAAGGACACAAGGUUGCAAACAUCGGGGAAUGGAAGUAACGAGGAAUAUAAUCCCCACGAGCGUCCUCGAUCAGACAAGGCAAGACAAAUUCAGAGAGAUGUCGUGGCCAAACUGAGAGCCAUGGCCCUCAUGAUGCAAGCAAGGCAGAAACUGAGAGGAAGAGGGCGUCUAGGACGAGGCCAUAGGAGUCAUGCCGAUGAUGACGAGGCAUCUCAUGUAGACACACCCAGUAAGGAUGAUGACUGUGAGUUGGUAAACGAGCCGCUGGUUACCAAGCUAGAGAUACCAUUACUCUUCAGUCCAAAUGAGCCAAACGCCUCAGAACAUGUUGCCCGCACUGCAGAAAACCAGAAAAAGGCAAAUGUGCGAAGUCCCAACGUAACAGGAAGAAUGGAGGAAAUAUCUGAGUACCAGCUACCAGAAACUCCAGAAAAUGUAACUGGAAGAGGAACAGAGGUUUCAUCCUGUUGCCAGGGACAAUCGGAUCAGACGUCUUCUGAAUCUGAAAAUGAAGAUCUGUUGUCCACUCUUGAACGGGAGCGUGAGAGACUUAAAAAGGAGCUCAGAGAAAUAAAAAACACCGAGGCUCAGGUGCAAGAGCAAUUAGAAAAAGAGCGAGAAACCCACCUGUUGUAUCUGCAGAGGGUCAGUGAAUACGAGGAAGAAUGCGCCAGGAUGCAGUUGGAGAAGGAAGAACUUCUUCGGGAACCCUCUGACGAGAUCUCAGGCGACAACAAUGACGAGACGAAGGGUGACAGCAGAAGCUCCGCUCUUGAGGUGGAACUGGAAAGAAUGUUCUUGGAAGAGUUAGCAGCCCUGAAGGAAGAAAAUGAGCUUUUGAUGACGGAGCGAUUUAAGCAGCGGAUGAUUCUUGACAACCGCGGGGAAAGACUUCAAGAACAUAGGGGGGAGAUUCCUCCGAAUGCACUCAAACCAAGAAUUGAGGUGCCUCCGCAAAAUAAUACAAGGGAGCGGUUACGUACCCAAGACGGCCAAGAAGAACGAUGGGGAUCAACCAUGGGACCCAACACAGAAAAACCCGCGCAGAGAAGUCAGCUUGAAGCAGCAGCAGAACAACCUAGUAAAAGGAUGCACCAUUCUACGAGGGGACAUCCUGUUACCUUGCCACAAGUUGAUGGCGAUACCGUGGUUAAUCAUCGGCGAAGUCCCCAUGGCAAAAACCAAAUGCCUCGCCAGCAAAUCCAGUCUUUUAGUGGACAACCACAUAGAGAAUCCUUCAGUAGCCAAGGCCAAGAAGCAAAGGCCCUUGAAUCCAAUAGAAGGAUGCGAGAAGCAGGGCACGACAAACUCCGAGGAUCGACAGACAGUGAGUUUUUAGCCACGGUUAACGCCAGUGGCCAGCAAAGAUCGCAAGGUUGCCUGGAGGAGUUCACUGGCUGCAUGCUAGAUGAGAAUAAAAUGAGUCACCAGAUGAAUCCCUCUUCAGUGGGGUCAUCAGCGACACGCUCAUUCGUCUGCAAUCCUUACUCGUCAAACUGUGGCAAUGUUAGUCCAAUGCCAGAAUUUGAAGAGCCUGUACAGAAGACACUGAUAAGAGGACAAGAAGUACCUAUCUGUAGUGCCCUUGCUGCUCUAGAUGAGGAAGUUAAGCAAGUGAAAAACCAGAAGCCACGGGAUGCUGAACUUGAUUGGUCAAUAGGCGACGACAUAGUAACGGUAUCCUCAACCAGUGAACCUGGUGACAGACCAGAAGCAGAUCAGGACCAGGAGCAUUACACAUCUGACGCAGGGCUGCAGAGAGAAAGGCGCCCCAACCUGAGAAAUCUCAGUCGGCAAGAUGCGACGAUUGAGAUGAAUCAUGAAGAUCAGCAAACACCUGAAAGUCAAAAUCGUGACCGACAUUCAGAUGAAUUUCGCUCCAAUGAACGAGGGCUGAGGCCCGAACACCUGUCAAACGACAGUGGUAGCAAUCUCAACGCGCUGUCAAAACGGCAUCUGCAAAAACAAAGGCCUGGUGACGGAUGUUCGCGAAGCGAAAGUAAUUUUCUGGAGUCAGGUCAAUUAAGUAGCAUCUUGAUAUCCACUCGCAGUGAUCUUUGUCACGGAAGUACUCUAGAUUGGUUUAAAGUAUCAUAUCCAGACACUCUUGAAGGUGGGGACAAUGACUGUCAAAUGCUUUCCCGAUACGACGGCCACAGGGACAAAACUGCUGCUGAAGAUGAGUUGCAACGUUCCUUAAAGAACGGAAUUGAUGAUGAGAAAUUUGAUCACGCUAAGACAAACGAUUCAGGCAUCGAAUCACAGACGGGGUCCGGAAAAGUUACAAACAAAGAGAAAGAAAAGGCUGGAGUUCUCGGUAAUUUCUCAGCGGAGCCUGGAACAGUUAAUGUCACAUCGUCACUACCGAAGAAAAUACAAGUACCAACGACCCAUCAUACUCAACACUCAAGGGAGGCUUCAGGUGCCUUGAACGCUGAGAGAGUAAAUGACAAAAAGCAAGUUUUACAAUCAAGAAAAGUCCCUGCGCCCGUGAGAGGUGCUGUAACGUCACAAGAGGUCAGUGACCAUGAUCAACAAAGUACGGAUCAAUCGAGCAUACUUAAUGGCAACCAACAGCUGCAACAGAACAUACACAAGACAGAAACCUCGAUAGAGGAGAGCCCAAAUUAUACCCAGAAACUCGAGACAGAGCUAUCGGAGAAUCAAGAAUCUCUCCUGCAGGUGCACCGAGAUAGACAGAAACUGCAGGAUCAACUGACAAAAGCAUUGCAAACUGAAGUGAAGUUACAGAAGACAGUUCAGGGCUUACAAAACAAAGUUGAUCACCUACAAAUCAUCUUGAACGAAAGUGCUAAGCUCGUGGCAUCCCUGCAAGAAGAAAAAGAAUUUUUAAAGACCAAUUUCACUACAGCCGAGGAAGAGCGGCGACGCAUUCAAAUAGAUCUCAGAAGAGUUAAAAGGAUCAGUGACGAACUCGAGCAACAACUCAAAGGGAGCAAUGAGCAAGGAAAAUUCCUGAAAAAGAAGCAUGACUCGAUGAGGAGAAGGUACUCAUCAGAGACUGAAAGAAACGCUAAACUGCACAAACAAGUCCAAGAACUACAGAGGAUAACUGACAGUGAAGUUCCUGUCAUGGAAGAUGAUCGAGGUGGAGAGAAAUGCGGCUCAGAAUGGGAUAGAUUGGCUGCAGCAACGAAUCUUAACAGAGAACAAGAUGAUUACGGUAAUCUUCAUAAGCAAGAAAUGUCUCCAAAGGUGUCUCAUUUGAUUCCCAGAUCAUCCAUAAAAGAAAUUACAGAGUUGCAAUACCAGCUAACAGAAGCCACGGACGCCGAAUCCAACCUAUGUGAGGAAGAUGAAGGGCUUCGCAGACAGACUGGGUCUGGAUUUAACGACAAUGAUUUUGCUUUUAGAGAUCAAGGCAAAAACUCAAUGGGAAGUACUCUUGCAGCUGUACAGGAAGACCAGAAAAGUCAGAAGAUGAUUAAGACGCAGCUCGAAGUUGCUAAAAGGGAAAUACAAGAACUCAGAGAGGAAGGUAACCUUCUUGAGGAAGAAAAUAGACGACUUCAAACAUGGUGGAUAGCAGAAACUGGGAAAAGCACUGAACUGCAGAAAGAGAUUGCAGACAUAAGAGGUCAGAUGCCUGACUUACAAAAAGUGAGGAGCAUGGAAAAUUUUGAAAAUUUGAAAGAGUGGAGAAAAUCUAAACAAAAGGAAAUGGAGUUAAAGAGGCAGUUGAAUGAACAAAUCGACAUAACAUCUGACCUCGAAAGUCAAGUGGAUGAUAGCCGGGCUGUUAUUAAAGAGUUAGAGCAAGAGCGGAACAUACUACGGGAUGAUUUCACCAACGCGCUACAGAAGCAAUUGCAGUUAAAAACGCAGCUGGGUACACUGGGAGACCGAUGCAAACUUCUCACAAGUAAACUGGACGACAGCCAGGCUCACGCCCAGUCCCUGAAGCACGAGAUGGAGGAAUAUUUGGAGCAGGAUUCCCAGGCGAGAGACGAAGAAGUCCGCCUCCUGAAGACGAGGCUGCAAGAGCUGCGGGUGGAUCGUCAGGAACGCUCCGAGGAGCUGGCCGAGGUGAAGCUCAGAACAGAGAAUCUGGAAGCACUUUGCAAGAUGCACUCGAAGCAGAAGAUGAAGGAUGACGUUGACAGAAUGGAAGCCAAAGCUAAUUUACUGAGGCUGCAAGCGGAAAAUCAAGAAAUGGCUACACGGUUGCUACUGCUGAGGAGAAAGGAGACAGAUUUUGACCAAGAAGCAGAGACACAGGAGGCAUCCACUGUGUUGAAUAAAGAAAAGGUACCCCCGGUUGAAAAUAAGCCGAUAUUAGUGGGAUCCAGCUUGCCCAUCACAGCCUCAAAGACUACAUUUUCUGCUGCACUGAACCAGUCAUCAGCAGUAGAGGAGGGAAGAGGUAGCACUAUACUUAAUGGACAGAAAAGGGUUUUCACUGACACCGCCUCUGGUGACGAAGAUAGACCGGACCAUACAGCAGAUGAUUGCGAGUAUCACAGUCUUUAUGUCAAAGAGGAGACUGAUGACAAAUACAAGGGACUGGAAAGGGCCCAUGCAGACAUCAUGGUAUGCUCGGACCGCCUUCAAGAACUGGAGAAGAAAUUGGGCACAACAGUCCAAAUUCUCCAAGAAGACCUGCAAGCACAGACAAGUUAUAUUUUCAGGCUGAGAGAAAGCACUGAGACCAGACUCCAGCAAGCUGUUGACAUAACCAAACAGCUAAGUGAAGAGAGCCAGCAAGUAAUAGCCUCCAUGGUGGAAAAAAGCUUAGAUAUUCGCCUGAAAGAAACCAAAGCACCUGUUGGACAAAAGUUCAAGAAGAUGAGAAGACUCCUUGAACACUCAAUCUCGGAGCAAAAGAAGCAGGCAGCCUCCAUUGCCAGGCUCCAACAAACCCAGGAGAAGGCCCUGCUUCAGCACGGCGCCCUCAAGAUCCGUCUCCGACAGCAGACAGAGAAAGCUUCUGGCGCCCUCUCUAUCUGGGAGAGAGAGAGGCAGUCUCUGAAGAGGCAACUUGAGGAGUCAUACAAAAGUUUGAAGCUGAUCGAAAAGCAAAUCUGCUCUACGAUGCACCCUUCCCAAAACUUAGGAGGGUUGGAGGUGUUGGAAGACAGGUUGCUUGCCCAACAAGCAGAUCAGAUGAAGGCGCUGCAAAAAGUGGUCAAGAAUUGUCCCUGCAGAAAAGAGUUUAAGCAAGAGAGGCAAGAAAGUGUUAACACAAAGACCAUUAAAGACCGACAGAAAAUAACGUGGAAUAGUUAUAUGAAGACUCUGACAGAACUGGAGAAGGAAAACAGGCAACUUUCUCUGGAUCUGCGACUAGCACGUGAGUCUCUGGAAACGAGCAAGCAGGAGUGCUGGAGAUUGCAGGGGUCUCUGCAAGAUGCCUCUCUGAGGGAGACAGAGCUGACUGGUACCCUCAGGCAGCUACAGGACCAGCUCAAGAUUGAGGUUGAGAUGCAGGCCACGCUAGCCAAGAGAUCUGAGGAUCAAGAGGCAGAGAUAUUCAGGCUGAGAAGAGUCCUGGGGAAGCAGUCCAUCAAGGAGGAUGCAUCAACCAACUCCUCCCAAGAGCAAAACACGAAUGGACUGAAUGAGAUGCUGACAGAAUUCAGCCGUGAGAUACAGGACCAUCUUGAGAGCCAUAUGGAGAAAACACAACUCCAAAAUGAGACAGACGACAGGAAAAAGAUCCAAGAACUGGAGUGGCGGUUGUCCAGCAUGAAUGCAAAGCUCUCCGUGGAUGAGAUAACUAUCCAGUCACUAACUGAUGACAAUCGUAGACUGAGGACCAUGGUCUACAAACUCAAAGAACGCAUUGCAAACAACCAAAUGUCCCAUUUCAAAGACAGCAGAAUGGAUGCUGUGUAUCAAGCCCUAGCCAGAGCCCAAGUGCGAGUCGUAGCAACGUCCAUGGCAGAUGGCACACAGACUAUACUAACAGGAGCCAAUGUUUUCAGCAACAUGGCCAUGACGGGCCUGGGUGCAAGGAGACUGGUUACAAGACAUCCCAUGGGAAGUGCAGGUAACAGUUUGGGAGAUUCCUACGACUGAAAGUGAAUGUGCAGACAUGUUACUAAGUUAACUUUGCAAUUGAUUGGCCUUUGUACAAACACAGGCUGAUCUUGAACAAAAGUGUCAGGAAUUGUGAAAGUGGCAGAUGCAGGCAUCCUAAUGACUAAUAUAUUCAGUCCACUUGAAUGAUUUAUUUACCUACAUACAUACAUAUAAAAACUAGGUCUUUGUGCACAUUCUGUUGAAAAUUGGUUAGGCACACAGAUCAGGUGUAUUGCUUUAUUUUAAUGAACACCCAAUAGAGCACCUGAACACAUGCUGCAUCCAAAUUACUUGCCAGGAAUAGCAUAUGCACUGACUAUAGUGGCUGCAGCCGUGUCUCACGGAUACUUUACUUCUAACUUGGGCUAGUUGAUUUAGACAUGGCCAUACCUUCCUCCAGCUCUCACUGGAAGUCACCACAGUGUCCUCUGUGGCGCAGUUCCAGGUUCAACAUCCAAAAACCUGGGGCUUAUCUUCAUAGAGUUGCUUUACACAUAAAUUUGUAAAGUACAUAACAUAUUUGACAAAAACAGGUUACCAGCCAAAUGUAUACACUUUAUUCUCUUGCAACUGGUUCCAAGCUGAUUAUUGCUCUAAAGUGAUUUUUUUCUGUGUCACAAUGCCAUGGCAUUAGGCCACAGUUAAUACAAAUGUUGCUAAGAUUUCCUACUGAAGAAUGCAAUAUUCAAUAUAGAUGUACUGCUAGAGAACAAAGAAACUUUUACAGAGUUGUAGCUACUAAUGAUCAAUGAUGACAACUUAAACUGACGAAAUAUUGACUUUCAAUAUUAUUAUUGCCAAAUACCAUUUUGGUCUGAAAUAACCACUUGCUAUAUUUUUUAAGCCUGUUUCUGCUUUCAAAAAAAAUCAAGGAUAAUGCAUUUUAUUAGAUAUGAGAUGUAGUUUUUUGUGUCGGGGAAAAGUUCAUUGUACACUGGUCAUUUCACCCUUGACUGACAUUUAUUUUGUAAACCCUGAAGUAUACUCCGAGUUGUCCAAAGGCUUCCCAAAAACAUUCACAAGGUUAUCGAGUUGAGCUGAAACAUACGUCAUCCUGCUUACCAGUGCAGAUCUGUCUUAUCAAGACAACAUCGAGCUUGCCGGCAAGUGCCACAAGCAACCAUAUUAUAAGAUGCCUUAUAAGAGUGUUUAUAAGUAUACCUCAGUGAGGGACAAAAUGUCCAAUAAAAUGAAAGCGACGUUUCUUCUGUUAGCAUUACAAAGACAAAGUGCCAACAGUUGUCUUGGGUGUGAUGUCACUCCCUUCCCCCCGCGUGGCACUGCACUCAAGGGCUUUAUUAGCCUGUGUAUAAAUGAGACAAAUCAAGUUUGUAUUGAAAAACAUUUUAUUGAUCAAAAAUAUAGUGACAAGCUCAUUCGUCAUGGAAAUCAGAAAGGAAAUUAGAAAUAACGUGUACUGCACAGACUAAUAAAUAUAAAAAGUUAGCGAUUCAGUAUCAAUUUCAGUGAACUGAAAUGCAUUCAAUAUAAAUUAUUUAUUAAAACAAUUAUACUGUUAUCAUAAUAUUUCAAACAUGUAUGCUUAGAAGAUUCCAACUGCAUUGGCAGGUAAAUACAAAUGUAUAUGAGUGGCUUUUGUUGAUACUGUUGUAUCUUAGUUUGACACAAAUUGACAAUGAAGGAAGCCGAGGUAUUCAGCCAGUAAAGUUGUGGAAUGGUUUGGUUUAAAGCAUGUGUGUCUGGCAGACUUGCAGGCUAUCCAAACAACUAGCCUCUCUCAGUGUGCCAGCGGGGCUUGCCUGCACAUGCUGACCAUAAUAGGUACAUAUGAAUCACCUGCUGUGUAGACAAAAGAUAAUGCUUUGUUGAAUAUUUUGCUUGCCAGAUGUACGUACAUGUAGAUGCAAGAUCAGCUCAGGUGUAACUUGUUUGUCAGCAUUCUGCUGAUUCGCAAAUCAUUUAAAAGCAGCUUGGAAGAUUUCUUCUGCUCCUCCUUAUUCUUAACCCCAAAACCCUGAGAGGUUUAUACAAAAAAUCUUAUUAAACUUGAAGGAUUGUUAGCUGUUUGGACAAAGCCCGCCCACAUCUGAAUUCCUCAUCUUCUACCGCCCUUGUAACAAACAAUUUGCUGAAACAACGCAGCGAGUGUGUGUCUUGAGAAUUUUGUCAUGACACUGACUUUAGACUUGUAAUUUAGUCAAUCAUGGGCCAGUCUAAAUCGGAGAAUAGUAAGUCCAGCCACAAGCAACACUGAUGAAAUAUUUCUAUCAUAGCUAGGCACCACAGGAUAUUGCAAGCAACUGGAUUUCAAGCUAAAAUAAAUUUCCUUUUCACCUUUCACAAUUAUAGAUGUAGUAUAUCCCUUUAUAUCCCUGGGCUAAGGAGUUCCAAUAUAUAUCUCUACACGUUUUCAUUAGGUGUAUCACUUUGACUUGCAUUAGCACAAGAACCCUCUAUCAGCACACCUGUGUAUUUGAUGAGUUGUGGGAUGAAAACCAACUCCCUGUUUUAAAAAACUUUUGAUGUGCAAUAAACAAAAUAAUAUAUCAUCCACAUAAUUUACAUGUAUAUAUUUAAGUCCAUUUUAAACGGAGUAAUAUCUUGCUUCUUAAAUCUCAUGUCGAUCUUAUUUUACAAAGGGGCUGAAAAGUGUAGUUUUCAAGUUCAGAGGUAGCAUUAAGCCAGCUUGAAGAAAGCUUGUAAUUAAAUGUGGCUUUUUGGGAUUUUCAGCAGCAUUGAAAUUCGUGGCUUGCUCCAGGUAUUAAAGCAUAUGGUGUUGCAACAUU